CUCUUUAAAUCAUUCUGCUUCCGAACUCAGUGGGAUGUUUGGCUAACACUGCAGCAAUGGAAACGGUGAAUAAUCGAGAAGCCGACAAAGUGGAAGCUGUUAAGAAAGUUGUGGCUGGCAGUUCUUCUCUUGGGUUGAGUCACGGUGACGAGCAGUGUGCCUUCUUCGGACAGCACGUAUCUAGUGGUCGUGUAGUGACUGAUUCUACGAUUAGAAAACCAAAGACACUCUUACAGUCAGCUCUGUGUGUGCAAACGCUUGCAUUUUGUCGCAUGUUUAGCUAGCGCCGGCUACUUUUGUGGUUGUUGACAGUGCACGUGACGUCUAACGUUAACCGGCGGAAGCGAAGACAACGUUAGCUUGGCUGCGGAAAAGUGGAAUUCAACUGAUUUACCACUUAAUAAACCGGUGAACGUCAUUGACUGUGAAUAAAAGAGCUGGAUCCCCAAAAUCAUCAAGAAGAGAGUGUGCACCACCUUCGUAGAAGAUUCCUUCAGCAAUGGCGCGCUAUGCCAGUGUGGGGGUGCCAGAGAUGCCCAUGCCUCCGUGGCUCUCGGGGAUUAUUUCAGCACAGCGAUGGUCAACCACUGGGACAGCGCCCAGCACUCGUCUGAAUACCCAACGGAUGCCUUUGGAGAGAUACAGUUUGCUGGAGCCAGCAAGAGGCAUAGCUAUUUCCUGCGUCUGUCAUGGGAUACGCCUCCGUCUAUGGUCUACACCCUGAUUACAGCCCACUGGGGUCUUCCCUCGCCCAACCUGGUGGUUUCUGUAGUGGGCGGAGAAGGCAGGGCAAAGGUGAAGACCUGGGUGCGGGAGGUCCUCAGACAGGGACUAGUGAAAGCCUCACAAAGCACAGGAGCGUGGAUCAUAACGACAGGCCUGCGCGAAGGUGUCGGCAGGUGUGUCGGAGAAGCAGUGAGGGAUCAUGCCACUGCAGCCUCGUCGGUCCCCCUCAACAAAGUGGUGGCGCUGGGCAUUGCUCCGUGGGGACUUGUGCACAACCGAACGCAGCUGGUCAACUCUCAGGGCAGCUUUCCUGCUAAGUACUAUGUCCAGAACACGUCGCGGGACUCCUGCUGCCUCGACAACAACUACCAGGCCUUCCUGCUGGUGGACGAUGGUAGUGAGGGGCGCAGAGGAGGAGAGACCGGGUUCAGGGCCAAACUGGAGGACUACAUCUCCCACCAGCGCACGGGCAUCUGGGGCAGCGGCAGCAUUGACAUCCCUGUCCUUUGUAUGCUGGUGUCAGGGGAGGCGAGCAUGCUGGAGAGAGUUGAUCUCUCUCUGAAAACCUCCAUGCCCUGGCUGGUGCUGGCCGGCUCAGGAGGCCUUGCUGACUUCUUGAGCGAUCUCUUGGAGAACCUGUCCUCGGCCCCUGCUGCCCAGUCCUCCGGCGAGGGCGAUGGCGAGGCAGGCCCCAGCGUGGAUCUGAAAGACAGAGUGGCAGAACGGGUUAGAAAGCACUUCCCUUCUGAAGCAGAGUCGGAUAAACUAGUUGAACAGGCUCUGAGCAUCUACCAAAACAGAGGCUUCAUUACAAUUUACCACGGAGAGCAGGAGGGCCCAAAUGAUUUUGACACAGUCCUGCUCAAAGCGUUGGUGGGAGCUAGUAAGCAGCGUACCUCGGUUGAUGCCAGCCCUUACAAUGAGGAGUUAAAGCUGGCGGUGACGUGGAACAGGGUUGACAUCGCCAAGAGUGAACUCUUCAAUGGAGACAUCCAGUGGAGGUAUGACGAUCUGGAAGACUCCAUGACAGACGCCCUGGUCAACGACAAGCCUCAGUUUGUGCGUCUUUUCACUGAGAACGGCCUCAACAUCCUGGACUACCUGACUUACGGCAGGCUGGAGAGCCUGUACCGCUCAGUGGCUGAUGGGACGAUGCUUUACCAGCUACUUCAGCGCCGUCUGGUGGAGCGGCUAGGAACUGUGGUCACUGUCCCCACGUCAUCAAACAUGCCAGAGUCGCCUUCCAAAGUGGCAGCAGAGAACAUGCACAGUGGCCCGGUGACAGAUAUCACCCUUUUUGAGGUUGCAGGAGUCCUGGAGCUGUUAAUGGGCGAUGUCUGCCAGCCAUUUUACUAUGAUGCUUUGGGCUUAGAGAAGAUCUCAUCCAAGAGGAGAGCUCUGAGGCGUGCCAGUAAGCUGCUGCGUGGUGACUGCUUUUAUCGGAGAGAGCGCUGCCUCUUCCCCUGGGCUUCUCUCUUCAUCUGGGCCGUCCUACAGAACCGCAGCGAGAUGGCCACUUUCUUCUGGGAGAUGGCAGGAGAGUCAGUGCUGAGUGCUCUGAGUGGCUGCAAGAUACUGAGGGAGCUGUCCAAGCUGGAGGUUGAGACUGAGACCAAACUGUCCAUGAAGGAGUUGGCUCAGAGGUUUGAGACGGUGGCACAUGACGUGUUCAGCUCCUGCUAUCAGAGCAACGAGGGUCGCUCUUUCACGCUGCUGAUCAGGAAAUCUCCAGUUUGGGGUGGCACCACCUGCCUGCAGAUGGGCAUGGGUGCUGACGCCCGGCUGUUCUUCAGUCAUGAUGGAGUACAGUCUCUGUUGUCCCAGAUUUGGUGGGGUGACAUGGAGAGAAACACGGAGGUGUGGAAGCUCCUGCUCACCUUCUUCUGCCCCGUCCUCUGCUAUACCAACCUUAUCUCUUUCAGGAAACAAGAGGACCAUCAGCAAGAGGAGGAGGGGAAGCCCAACGAGGACGCACCAGGCAGGGACAACGACAGCCUUUACGGCGCCACCAUCUUCUCUUUCUCAGACAUCAAGCACAUUGAAGCUGAUUCACAAGGCUUAAGCACUCCCAGGACAGCGACCAUCAGAGGCGUACCCCACUCUCGCAGACCGCCAAAGCGUCCGUUUGUAGUGUCAAGAUGGCGGCAGUUCUGGUUUGCGCCCGUCACCGCAUUUUUGGGGAACGUCCUCAUGUACUUCCUCUUCCUCCUGCUGUUUGCCUAUGUGCUCUUGGUGGACUUCAAGCCUCCGCCGCCCAAGGGUCCAGCCAUCACUGAGUAUGUGCUCUACUUCUGGGUAUUCACCAUUGUGUGCGAGGAGAUCAGGGAGACGUUCUUUUUGGGGACGAUGAAUUGGCGUCAGAGGAUCAGAGUGUACAUUCAGGAUGUUUGGAACAAGUGCGACCUCACUGCCAUCAUUCUGUUCAUCAUAGGACUGAUCUGCAGGAUGUUCAACUGGUCGUAUGGAUUUGGCCGGGACAUCCUGUGCGUGGACUACAUGGUCUUCACCCUCCGUCUCAUUCACAUAUUUGCCAUUCACAGACAGUUGGGACCGAAAAUCAUCAUUGUUGGCAAGAUGAUGAAGGAUGUCUUCUUCUUCCUCUUCUUCCUGGGGGUGUGGCUCAUGGCCUAUGGAGUAGCCAACCAGGCCCUGCUUUACUCCUAUGACCCUCGCCUGGAUCGCAUCUUCCGGCGGGUUUUCUACCGGCCGUACCUACACAUCUUCGGACAGAUCCCUGUGGAAGAGAUGGAUGUGGGGAAGCAGUGGGACAUGCCGUGCACGGACAACAUCACGAGGAUUGACAGUGGUGAGGAGCCGUGCAGAGUUCUGUACAGUAACUGGCUAGUUGUAAUCCUGCUGGUUGUUUAUCUGCUGGUCACCAACAUCCUGCUCAUCAACCUGCUCAUCGCCAUGUUUAGUCACACCUUCACUGAAGUGCAGGCCAACAGCGACAUCUACUGGAAGUUCCAGCGCUAUAACCUGAUUGUUCAGUACCACUCCCGUCCUUCCCUGGCUCCUCCUUUCAUCAUCCUCUCUCACAUAAAUCUGUUCAUCAAGAGGACCAUCCGGAAAGUGCCUUCUGUCAAGAUCCACCACUUUGUGUUGCAGUUGAAAGGGAAAGCAGCUAACAGGCUAAUGACGUGGGAAACCAUCCAGAAGGAGGACUUCCUGACUGCCCAGAACAAGAUCCAGAAAAGCAGCGACUCAGAGAGGCUCAAGCGGAUGUCUGUCAAGAUGGAUGGUAUGGUUAAACAUCUGACUGAGAGCAGAGACUUUGAUCACAGGCUGAGGGCUUUGGAGAGUGAGAUGGAGUAUUGCUCGAAUGCUCUCAGCUGGAUUGUGGAUACUUUGGCACAAGGAAGCACGUUCAAACCGCCUCGACCUCCACCUACAUUAAGAGAUGCCUUCCCCUCUUCUUCCAAUUCUUCCUGAUUCAGCCUCGGUGAUGCCUUCACUUGCUCUGGGUCUGUAAAAAGACAAGAAUGAAGUGCUUUCACUUAGGCUGCUCCCAUGCCACCCACCCACCAGUCUUACUGUUUGCAGGCCAUGUUCAUCACUGGACUUGGUAUCCAAAUAGACUUAAUUGUUCUCAACUGAGAAAGUGAAAGAACAGCAGUCUUUACUACUUGUUACAGUAUUGAGUAAAAACAGAAGCUGGUAUUUCAAAUGUGCAAUCAAUCUUACUCAAAUACCAAAGAGAACUGUGUAUUUAUGAUGUAGCAAUUAUAGCCUAUAUUUCGUUUGCUGAUACUAACAUGUUGUUAUUGCUGUAAAUUGAAUUCUGGAAUUUUGUUUUUAUACAGGUUUUCACCGUUAUAUUGAAACUAUAAUGUUAUUACAGGGUUCAGUUACUUUCUGGCUAAAUGGUUGCUUUUAAUAACCCGUUAAAUCAUGUAUUUGUGUUCUACAUAUUAUUUUGUUCAAUAAAUUUUAUAUAAAGUAAAACAAA